UUGAUCAAAGUUUGGUUCCCCAACUCUGGGUCAUAGAAAACUCUUCAAUCGACGAGUAAUACUCCGCACGUAACCAACUUAGUUUUUGAGGGGUAGCGACGGUUCACGUGAACGACCUCCAUAAAUGUCCUUCGUGCCGCGAGUAUCAUAGUUCUUUUAUCCCAUCGUCGCCCGUAACAGUUCUCCCAGCAUCUAACAGUAAAGAUACAUUCAAAAUGACGACAACCUCCCUACUACUCGCCAAGCUUCCCGCUGAGAUUAUCGAAAUGAUACUGUUGGAAACGGUUCAGAACGAGAUCAUUCCCCCAAUACGCAUAGUAAACGGUGAAUCGGUUGUACGCUGGAAGAAAGAGCUCGAAGUCGGACACUCUCUGGCUAUAUCACUACUGGAAAUCCGACUUGUAUGUCGCACCUUUCGCGACCUCUCGUGGCAAGUGUUCGGUGAGGUCCUUGGAGAAACCUUAUUUGACAUCCGGUCGAAAGAGAGCUUUGCGAACCUCAUGGCAGCAUCUGAAUGCAAAGAGCUUGCUUCGUGGACGACAAAGCUCACCAUCACUUGCUGCAAUGUUGAGGAGGAUUGGAUGCGCGACAUGAAUCCAUUCUUCUAUGCGAACGCCGGUGAAAGUAUCCAGGAUGAGAUACAGCGGAUCAAACAAGCGGAACAGUCAUGGUUUCCACAAGUGUGGUCGUAUGCACUAGACCUAGAGCGGAUACAUGUCUCCAUUCUGGCAAGAUCUCUCGCUGGUUGUUUACGAAACUUCCGCAAGAUCCGAGCAAUAUGCUAUCAAUUCGACGAUGCACUGCCUCCGCAACGAUAUAGGAACAUCCUUCGGCACAGCCUCGAAGUCAAACUCAACUUCACAAUGUAUGUGGAUACCUUGGCCGGCACUGGUGCCCAGGUUGGGUUGAAACUAUUUGUGGAAGCUUUGGCGAGCGCGGGCACAACACCUCGACAACUGGAAUUAGCUGUGGAGUUUCCCGGACAUGACGCCUUCAUUACCUACGCCUCGACGCAAGCCCUGUCGAAGGUGUUCCAGCACGUUGAGGAAUUAUACCUCAAGAACGCGUAUCUUUCUUUCCACCGAAACAACAGAGAUCCUUCCAGCGAGCCAACAGUGACGAUAACAAAGUCUUUGUUUCCAGCUCUGCGCUCCCUGACAGUCGAUCGUUUCGAUACUCUACUAAAGGAAGAUGCCUUCGUUGCUCCGCUUGCAUCCUCCCUGGACCCUCCCACGGUGACGUGUCUCAGGAUUUCCCGCUCCCAUAUCGACAGGUUACCUAUGAUAUCUGGCAUUGCUAAUUGCAGGAAAAGUCUCCAGAGGCUGACUCUCGACAGCGAUGAGCCAGCACGAUUCGAUAGACUAUCUAUGGCCAUUGACUUUCUCAGGCUUGAGGUUCUAGAAAUCCGACAAGGAUCUGAUAAGACCUGGAAAACUUUCACUUCGACCAUUCAUCGCUCUAGAACACUGCUCCACAAGGUACUCGAGGACUUUUCACGACUCCCUUGGGAAGAAGUUACACGUCAUGUGGUUUUGGGACCACCUGCUUUUGUAGAGGCGCUGGAGAUGCACCAGACUGGGGUGAGAUCGGCAAACGUUGAUUAGAAAGAAGAAUAUCUGGGGUACUGCGCAGUCAUUACGAUACUUAUGCAAAGAGUAUAUAGUGGCUAUCUUUGACGUGUGGAUAUCCACUAGCACGUUGUAUUUGUCCUUCUGCCUCCAACAGUACUUAUCAUAUUUGUCUUCGUUAUUAUUCCAGCGUACUCAUCAAUGCAUGAUCAGCCUGACAUAACAUAGUGUUGGGAUCAAUUUUCAGCGAAUUAUAGGUAUCAUAG